GGGUCGUACUUUGAUUCUUUUGGUUUUUCCAAGUCGUCCCUUGGCGACAACAACGUGCCGUUCCUUUUUCAACUCUUCCUCAGUUGACCGGUGAGCAAAGCAUAUAUCAGCCAUCCUCUCAGCCAACGUACAAAUCUCCUUGACAGCGUUAGACAGUUCAUCCUCAACCUUCAGUUCUUCAAAGCACCUUACCAAAAAGGAACCAUGGCUGCCAAAACCACAUCAUGCUUUACUUUCCUAAAGGAAGCGCUGAUCCUCCCCACGUUAAACCCCAAGCUCUUCACGCCCUUGCUCCUCCUCUUUGCCGCCGCCGCCUUCCUUGACCACAUAGUCAAUUUCCUGUUCGUCCAGCCUCUCGCCGACGUCGUGGCCAGCCAUGCCACCGAGCUCAACAACACCGACUUCUCGAGCGCCGAAUACGCCAAGCUCAUGGAGAUGGAGGGGCCAAAGCAAGACGGUAUGAAGCUCAUCCUCAUCGGCGUCUCCGAGGUGGUCGUCGCCCUGGCGGUCGGCUUCGUCAAGAGGAUCCUCUUCCUCUUCGCGGCCUCCACGACCUACUCCGGCGGCCGCUACUCGCUGGCCGAGCUCCUGCGCGAGCUGGUCAAGGGGAGGAUCAGCCUGAAGGGGCCUUCCAUCACCAUCGCCGUCGUCGACGCGCUUGACUUCGCGUCGGCGGUCCUGGCCGCGCUGAUUCCCGCUCCCGCGCUGAUGGGCGGGCUCUCGGGGGUGCUCUCCGUCCAGGGUCUCGUCUACCUCAUCGCGCUCCUCACCUCCCUCUACUUCACCGCCGUGGCGUUGGUGGGCGUCGGCGCGUCGGUGGUCGACAGGAGGUGCCGCGGCGUGGGGGCGCUCCGGCAGGCGUGGCGGCUCGUGACGCUGGUGAGGAGAAAGGAGGGCCUCCUGCUGGUGCUCGUGGCGCACUUCGUGCCGACCGUCGUGGCUCCGCUGUACCGGGUUGCUCUUGCGUAUGCCAAGACGAGCAUGGCGGUGUGCUUGUGCUUGUUGGCUGUGCAUGCUUUUCUGUCUUGUGCGCUGCAGCUCGUCUCUCUGAUGGCAGCAAUGGUGUACUACUACCAAGCCAGGAAGACCAAGGAGGUGAUCGAUGCCUUGCGGUUAUGCUAAGAGCACAUUCCUUUCGGGGAAGGAGAUGUGUCCUUCAUCCAAUACUGGUUAUAAUGCUAUAGAGGGAUGCUUUGAUUUCUUCGUGUGACAAUGUAUACAAGUCCUUGUUCAAAAAAUGUAUACCAGCUGUACGCAAGGUUUUGGGUACCGGGCGGAAUAUUCGGAUACCGCCCGGUUACCGCGUUUCUCGCCACCCCACGAGAAACCUAUGUACCGAGCGAAAUUAAAAAAAAACUCUAAUAGUUAGGUUAGAUAUGGUAGGAACAGAAAAUAGGUAGUCGGCCGUGGUGUAGUGGUUAGCGUGGGCUUACAGCUGUAUUUCCUGUGGUCUUGGGUUUCAGUGUCAUAGCUGUUUUUUGUCCCACAAUUUUUAGGAUAAAAAGGAAGAUGCUAUGAAAAAGGUUGUUGCUGGGCGAAAAUGUUUUACGGAACCAUGGUUCAGCCGAACCUACGCUCGACGCCAUUGAUUUCUAGACACUAUUCAUGAGGAUCUAUACAUGGUUGAUCGACAUAGACCAUAGGUUCGGCUGAAGCAUGGUCCUGAAUCAGGUCUCUCUGUUGCGGGGUGAU